CCCCCAAAACAACAUACAUUACAUUAUCAUCAUAUUAUCAUAUCAUAUCCUACAUACCUAUCUCAUAUUCCCUCACUAUCACCAGCCAUGUGCAACCCACCGCCCUCAUCAUCCUCUACUACUAAUAAAAACAGGCAAAGUCAGCGUGAAAAGAAGCUGAAGGAUGUGCACGUGACGGCGCUGGACGGCGUGGUGAACGUGAACUCACUCUUCACCAUCGCCAUUUUCUUGGGGCUUGCAAUGGCGUCGCCGGGGCAGCUGAAGAGCCUGAACGUCCGGGAAGAGUGCCAGCCGCGAGCCAACACCGCGAAGAUGCUCGUCGUCUUCGAGAUCCUCUCCUUCAGCUUCUUCCUCUUCUCCUCCCUCGUCGCCCAGUCCAUCAAGCUCUCCCUCAACCUCCAGCCCAGCUCCUCCGAUCAGGCCUCAUCCGCCGCCGUCGACGAAACCCUGUUGACGGCCGGAGUCCUCUUCUCCGCCAUGUCGUCCGUCGUAGGCUGCCUGUUUUUGCUGGUUUCUAUGGUGAAUGUGAUCGAGUUGAAGCUGGGAGUGCUCUCUUGUAUGGCCACCUCCACCAUUGUGAGCGUUGCGUUCUUGAUCCCCUUGUCGUUGGCCGGAAUACUCAUCUACGUUUUCGCGGCGAUCAACCGAUAUGUUAGCCGCGCUAGUAACCCCGGCGAUGACGACAGCGACGACGCCAAAUCCACCGCCGCCCAACACAAUGCCUAGCUUUCCAAACCGUACCCAAACUAAAUAAUUAUAUAUUCUUUUUGUAUGGCUUGUUUUUAUUUUUAUUUUUGAAUAAUUUGGUUCAACUAAUAAGGUUGAGACUUGAGAGUGAGAGAGAGAAUUAACGUGCAGUGGCUGAUGAAUAAUAAGUUAAUAUUUAAUGUUAUUAUUAUUAUUUUGAUUUUUA